AUGAGAUUAGGAGUUGCUACUCAAAAAGGUAUUGGUGCUCAGCUUGUUGGAUGUGAUGCUUCCCUGCUCCUGGAUGGCCCUUCAAGUGAAAAAACAUCGCCUCCAAACUUUAGCGUCAGAGGAUAUGACCUAAUCGACCAAAUUAAGUCUGCACUUGAGAGAGCUUGCCCUAGACUCGUGUCCUGUGCUGAUAUCAUUGCCGUUGCCACUAGAGAUGCCGUUGCUUUGGCUAGAGGGAUGAAUUACAGAGUACAAACAGGAAGGAGAGAUGGUUUUUCUUCCCAAGCUAGAAAUGUCAACCUCCCAGGCCCUUCAAUUUCAGUCCCUUCAUCCAUAGCUUUCUUUGGCAGCAAAGGUUUCACUGCUAGAGAUAUGGUUCUUCUUAUAGGUGGAGGUCAUACCGUAGGGAUAACACAUUGUUCGUUUAUCCAAGACAGACUCUUCAAUUUCAGAAACACUGGUAGACCCGAUCCAUCCAUGAAUCCCACUCUACGGAAUCAACUGAGAGGAAGGUGUCCUCAAGGAUCACCGUUCGACAACUUGAUCAAUCUAGAUCAAACUCCUGGUAGUUCUUUAGUCAUUGAUAACGGUUCUUACAGGCAGGCAAGAGCCGGAAGAGCAAUUUUUGAAAUCGACCAAUCCAUGGCAUCCCACCCUUCGACUAGUGGAAUCGUUUUCUCCUUAGCAAACAAUGGAGCAAGUUUCCAAACUCAAUUUGGUGCAGCCAUGAUUAAAAUGGGAGCUCUUCAAGUUCUUACUGGCAGGAGUGGAGAAAUUCGAAGAACUUGUCGUCGCCGGAAUUAGUGAUCAUCUUAAUUUGAUUGAAACCCAAUUACGAGUGAUUUGGUUAACACA